UUUACUGUUAGCUCCUAUCCCCUGUAGUAAGGGCCUCACGACCUUGGAAGCUCCAAAAUGUCAGCUCCUGAACAAUGUAUAAAGCAUUGCAUUCAGCAAUGUUUUAGCAAGAGUUUCCUCCUGGAUUAGUGGCCUUAUACACAUUUUGUAAUGGAAACAGUUAGCAGGAGAAUGGUCAUCUUCUGCUUACAGACAAGGCCUUCCUUGUUAACAAGGUGCUUGGCGUGAUAUUUCAAGGAAUUCCAAAGGAUUCCCAGUCAGUACCACAAAUGGAUUUGUUGAUGAUGGAAUGAGUUGUCAGUGUGCCUCCCGUGCAGCGAGGCCAUGGAAGAGCAGCAUUUCAGUCGCUGGCAGGUCAAGGAGGGCAGUUGUUCCUCUAUGAAGCAUUUGUGAGCUUACAUCUGGGAAACUGUGUCCUACUUCAGUCCCACCAGCACAGGAGAGAUCGACUAGGGUCCAGCAGAGGAUCAGUCAUUGAAAGGAUAAGCAUUUAGAGGAAUGGAGCACAUGCUGUACCGGCACUGACUGGAGCACAAAUUCUGCUCAGAGGUGCACAGAGCAAAGGUAGAAGAGGGCAGGCACCAAUUGCAAGAGAGAAAAUUCCAUCUGGACAUAAGGAAAAGCUAGUUUACCCUUAUUAUAGUUAGCACAAGUCCCAGAGAGAUGGGAAUCUGGUCCUUGGAGAUUUUCAAUACUGAAGAUCUUAAGCACCCUGAUCUACCUUUGAGGGUAGCCCUACUUUUCAAUAAGAGUUCAGUAAUGCAACCACCAGAGAUCACUUCCAAUUUGAUUUUUCCCUCCAUUUCUGUCUAGUCCAAAUGCCUAGAGCUUGCCUAAUGCAGUAUCUGCCCUGACCCUCAGCUAAAAACCUCCUCACCAAGACCAAUGAAUCCUCUUAGAAACUGCAGACCUGGCCAAACCAGAUUGUUUAAUGCAGGAUGUGUCCCCUACAUCUGCCUUCUGCUUCUUCUGCUCAAUAAACUUUCCUGGGGAGAAACUAUGUUCUUGAUCUGUGUUAGGUUUCCCAGCAGGGGAUGGUAUCCUGGUCUGCCAUGGGGCAAAACAGGGGCUACAGAAAUGCAGGAAGGUUUUAAUAUCUUGGGAAACUCUGCCUGACUCUGCACCUUCUCCCUGGCUGCUCAUGAUCUGUUGCUUUUGAGCUGGUGAAGUCCAAAGGCAGCUUCUUCUCAUCUUCUCCUGAAGGAGUGGUGUUAAAUCCCCGUGCAUCCCAGCUGUACCACAGGCUGUGCAGGGAAGACAACAAAGGGGAUUUUCUGCCGUCAUCUGUUCCCAAUUACGGUGGCUUCAGGGAACUUUUUGGCCAGUUUCCACCACAAUCCGUCAGCUUCCAAACCCACGCAACUCGGAGGUGGGGCCUCGUAGUGGUGGUAGUGGCCAGAGCACAGAGCAUCACCCUCAGAGGACCCGGGUGAAGGGACAGUGCAGCCACCAACCUCUGCUCCUGCUCUGCCCCUCGUGGGGUCUGCGGCUCCCAACUUUGCUUUGCAGGUGGAUGCGCCACGAUGACGGUGAAGAAGAGUCAGACUCUGCAGAAUGGAAGUGCCAAGGAGAACGUGCUGCAGAGGGUCCUGCAGCUGCCAGUGGUGAGCUCAACCUGUGAGAGCCUCCAGCGGACCUACAUCAGCACCAAGGAGGCCCACCCACUGAUGGCCUCGGUGUGUGAGGUGUACGAGCGGGGCGUGCAGGGUGCCGGCGCCUUGGCCAUGUGGGGCAUGGAGCCCGUGGUGCGCAGGCUGGAGCCGCAGUUUGCUGUGGCCAACAGCCUGGCUUGCCGUGGCUUGGACCACCUGGAGGAGAAGAUCCCUGCCCUGCAGUAUCCAGUUGAUAAGCUUGCAUCUGAACUGAAAGACACCAUCUCCUGCCCCCUCCAAAGUGCCAAAAGCACCAUUGGCAGCUCCAUGGAUAAGAUCAUAGAGCUGGCAGCGGAGGGCUAUGAGGCCACCAAGAGCACGGUGGAAACGACGGCAAAGUACACAAGGAAGAACUCGGUGACCCAGAUGGCAGCUGCGGGGGUCGACACAGCCCUGGGAGGGCUGGAGAAGUUGAUGGAGUACCUGCUGCCAGAGGAGGAUGAAGAAGAAGAUCAGAAGCCCAAAAAGAAACAUCAGUCAACAGCAAAGGUCUCCCAGCAGCAGGCCAGCACUGCCAGCUCUGCCAGUGCUCCCAGUGCUCCCAGUGAUUGCAGCACACCCAGUGCACCCAGCACUCCCAGUUCUCCCAGCACCCUGGGCCGGAUUGGUGCCUUGGUUAGCUCUGUCUCCCACCGUGCUUACCAGCAAACCACUCAAAGCCUCCAGCGUGCCAAAACCAAAGGGCAGGAGCUGGCCACCUGGAUCCCCAUCGUGGGCAGCCUGGCCAAGCCGAGCAUACCCGCGGCACCGCCGGCCCACAGUGACGGGCAGAGCAGCACGGGCGGCUGGCUGAGCCGGCGGCAGAGCAAGGCACCACAGCAGAAGCAGGAGAAGGCAGGGAAGAAAGACAACAACCACAGCAAGGCAGGGGAGGACCCUGGGCUGGUGGGCAGCGUGGCUCACAACCUGCAAAGCGCCUGCGCCUCCGGCAUCUCCACUGUGAAGAAGGUCCCAGCCGUGGCCUGGGAUGCGGCAGAAGGGUUGAUCCUCUUCACCCCCCGCAGGCUGUCCAGGGCCAUGGAAACAGUGGAUGCUCUCGGGGGGACCCUCGUCAGUGCCCCUAAGCAUCUGCUGGGCACCCUGUACAGCUUCGUGCCGCUCCGCAGGCAGUCAGUGAAGGAAGCGGAGGCAUCCAAGGGCAGCAAGUCCGACCCGGAGAAGACAGAGAAGAAGGAAGAGAAGGAGGACACCAAGGCUGCUGCCCCCUCCACUGAGGAGAAAUCCCAGCUGAGAGGCGACUGGCGGUACCGUGGCCAUCACCCCCUCUCCUUCCUGGGGCUUGAGGACCCCCUUUUCCUGCGGCACAACUACUACCGCAGCCCUGCCUUCGAGCCCGAGUACCCCUUCCUGCGGAAAUCCGCCUUCUCCCCCUACAACAGGCGGGUGAGUGAGGGUUCCUACCGCUUCAGCCCCGAGCCCAUGUACAGCCGGGCUUACUAUGGCAACCUCUACACUCCUGUCUUCAAGAAAGACUGAGCUAGUGGGGAGGACAAGCACAUCCCACCCCCCUUCUAAUCCCCCCACAGCAUGCUUUGCCCAGGCCCCCUGCCAGCUGCCCACAUGCACCCCUGUACCAGGACAGGAGCUGUAAGUGGUAGACAGGCCAUAGGAUGUGCAUCAAGGUCAGGGUGAGGUAGUAAAGGCAGACAAAAGCCCUGCUGCUGGAAGGAGAAGGUAGGGGGAGGUGGGACCAGAGGGGAGCGGUGAGGUGAAGGAGGUGUAGAAAGAAUGGUGAGAUCAGAAAAGAGGAAAAGGGACCAGCCAGGGCUAGCACUGGGUUACCCUGGUCCCUGCUGAGCAGAUAGCAUGGACUUAUAUGGGCUUCACAUUGAGAGAGCAGGGAGGACAGCAAAGCCAUCAAACAUCACCAUAGCAAGCCUGGUUCCCUGUCCUUCCUCCCUCCAUCUCCCCUUGCAGGGCCCAUCCCUGGCCACAGAUUGCUCCUCCAUGGAGGGGCUGAAGAUUCCCACUGACCAGCAGGAUUCAUGAGUAGGAAAGCCCAGCUUUCCCUCCCAGCUGGUGGUGGGAUAGAUGGUGGGGUCAGGAAAAUGACUGAUGAAAACAAUGGAGCUCCUGGAGCCACUCUCCCACAGGAUCACCUGGCUUCCCACAAUGCGUUGUUGUAUUCACUGCAAUAAUAAACCUUCCUACCUGCUGCUCGCCCCA